GGGUGCUCUAUUACACAGGCAAGAUAGUCUGGCCCCGCCCAAUUUUGCUUCUCUGGCACCCUCCUGCUCAGUGGAACAUCGGCACACUUAACCCAUUUGUUUUCUCCAAUGCACAGCAGACUUAUUCCAGCCAGGACAGCUGUGAUAUUUCAGUUCCUGGUUGUAAACACCUCCUAGACCUGAAGAUUCCCCUUAAUAACAUCAAUACCAAAGAAGGCUACAAUGUUCACCUCAGCCAAAAUUCUGUUGAUUUCAACUUUGUUUAGUUUACUACUAUUUGGAAGCCAUGGGGAAGGUCUAGAAAUUAACACAACACAAAGCAUUGCAGAAGGCUUGAAAAAAAUAGAAAAUGAAUCUGUUCCUUUUGGAACUGAAGCAAAUUUAAACUCAGAUAAAGAAUAUAGAGAAACCUCCUUUCUCAAGGCAAAUAAUUCCUCUUCUUGGGAUCCAUCAAAUAAAAUCCAUAGAACAACAGAUUCCUUCAACAAUUUAUCACCAGACAACUUUACCAGGAGCCCAAGACCCACACCCAUGUUCUCCAUCAGCCCUCCCUUGAUCCACAGCUUUGUUUCUAAAUUACCUUGGAACUCAUCUAUAGCAGAUGAAAAUCCUCUGCCAGCCUCAGCACCUGCCAGUGCUACAUCUGCCAUAUCUUCAGAAAAUGUUACUUGGUCUUCGGCCAAUGAUACCAUGAAAACUCCUGACAACAGUUCCACUACAAUUAGCAUCCUCCCUUCAGCACCGAACACCAUGUCUGUGACCCCCAUGACAACGGAACCAGAUGAAUGGCUUACCCCAACCAGUGAUAGCUCGGUGGGGUUUACCCCCUAUCAAGAAACAACAACUCUACAGCCCACCUUAAAAUUCACCAAUAAUUCAAAAAUCUUUCCAAAUACACCAGACCCUCAAGAAGAGAACAGAAAUACAGGAGUGGUGUUUGGGGCCAUUUUAGGUGCUAUUCUGGGUGCCUCAUUGCUGAGUCUCGUUGGCUACUUGUUGUGUGGAAAAAAGAAAACGGAGUCAUUUUCCCAUCGGCGACUUUAUGACGACAGAAAUGAACCAGUGCUGCGAUUAGACAAUGCACCGGAACCGUAUGAUGUAAGUUUUGGGAAUUCUAGUUAUUACAACCCAACUGUGAAGGACUCACCCUUGCCAGCAGGCCGAGAAAAUGCACGUGACAGCAUUCCUAUGGAUGACAUACCUUCACUUCGUACCUCAAUAUAAAACUAAGGAAAAAAGUCUUCAGACGACAAAUGUUCGCCUGCGUCCUGGCCUUUCCACAAACCCAUCUUCCACAAGCUGAAGCAAGAUCACUGUCAUAUAGCUUGUGCCAAGGAGAGCUGUAAAAGUGUGAGACUAGUGGCAGAAACAUAAAGAGAGGAGAAAUAAUCCAAAAGGUUUCCUUUCUUACUGUUUUUGGCCAUGCUGAAGCAUCUAGUGAGUAACGUUAAUUUGUAUUUUGGUCUAUAUUUUUCUUAGUAGGCAAUGUUUGUGGAAUCAGGUAAAACUAAAUGCUUUCACCAUGAUCACCCUGCCUGAUAAUUUAAUUAAAGGAAUCCUUCAAUGAACAAAGGGACCCAAAACUACAUUUUCACUUUUUUUUGUUUGGGGGGGACGAAAACCAAUGGAUUGACUGACUCUUUACUGCCUGCCCCCGUCACGCACACACCUUCUGCCCGCCAGAGUCCUUAUACCAUGCAUCAAGAUUGGCAUUCUCUUGAAGGAAAAUUGGAAGAGUGAUUUUUUUUUUAACUUAGCCUUAAAGCUAGAAGGAAAAUGUGGCGCAGAGUCUCUGCUCCUGGGAAAUGAAGGCAAUGGAGAGAGGGCUGCAUUCUAAUGCCUCGUACUUCUCUGUGUCAGCACAUACACGGCCAGCCCCUUCACUUGCCAGGUUGACAAUGGCCUGCAUUCAACAGGGCUGUGGUAGGAAAGCUGAUCCUAACCAGGGAAGUAACUGAUUCCCUUCAAAGGGUGAGGAAUUCUGACCUGUCUGAUUUAUUUGAGGCCUCAGUUAAUUGGGUCAUUUUAAAAACUCUAUGAAAACAUGGUGAAAAAGUCAGCCAAAGCAUGAUCUAUAUAUAAAUUUUAGUUUUAAGAUGUUAGGAGCAAGAUUUAUUAUGUAUUAGACAUUAUUGCUCAAUCAUAUAUGGAAUAGAUUCUGUGUCUCUAAAUGUAUGAAGUCCAAGGCUAAAAAAAUAGAUGAAUGGAGAUAUUAAGCAAACAAAAAGUUUUCUGAGCAUCACUUUCAAGAGCAAAAAUACCAGAAGCCUAAUUCGGAUUCUAGUACGUUUCAGUUUGUUUUUAAUUACUACCUGCUUUUGGUAGGAAAAAUAUACUCCUUAGAACAGGAAGGUCGAGGCUUUAGGGAUUAGAGGAUUAGAUCAAGAGUUAAAAUUCUCAAAGAAGCAGUGAAUGUGUGAAGAGGGCAACCAAAGCAAGAGGCUUUGUUGUUAAAUUGAUACUUGGGGGGUGGGUGUGUGUGUGAAGAAACCCAGCAAGAGCCACAGAAAAUGAGGGCUAGGAAGUAAGUAAUGGAAGAACAUACUUACCCCAUAUUGCCAUAAAAAUAGCAAAGAAGACUGUCCCUCCAUUAUCAAACAAAUAUGACACCUUAAUGGAAAACAAACAAAAAUAUUAGUUACACUCUUCGUUAUAAGAAUCCAGUGAUUACUGUUUGCAUUUAGGUCCUAUGAUUUCUUUUUUCCCCAAAGGAAUCACAUUAUUUUAGUUUGUAAAUAUAAGCUAUCAGAUGUUUUCAUGGGUCCUGCAACUGUUUCACGUGAUUUUUCUCUUGGGAGAGGGGAGGGGUCGCAUGGCUCCUCUUUUCUUCUCUCUCCUCUGGGACUCCCUUUGGACUGCACUUUCAUUUCUACUUAGAAGUGGGCCUAGUACCCCAAGGAAGUAUCUGUGGGCCACAGGUAGUCCAGCUACAGUGUCAGCUGUAAGAAGUCAGCUUUUCAGUUGAGGCAUAACUAGGUGCACCUCCCGUUAGUGAAACGUCCAGGAUUGGGGAAGUUGCAAAAUGCAGACUUCCACCAGUGAGCCAGCACUUCCAACAGAAAGGUAUCACAGUGCUGUCCUUACCCUCUGAUGUUUCAGAAUGUGCCAUAGGUCCAGUAGUGGCCAUAGGAGGUAAUCUCACCUUAAACCGUUUUUAAGAAGUUUCAUGUAUCACUGGACAUUUAGCAUAUAGUCCAUGUGUUUUUGAAUCAGACAUUACCUGAAGUUUUAUAAAGAGAAAUGUACAAUUUAUGAUAUUACUGAAUACAAUUUUCAGGGUUGCAAGGAUUGUCUGAUUUUAAUAAAGAGUAAAUUCAAUUUACCUUUGCUUUUAAUUUGCAUAAUGUCCUGACUGUAUUUAUAAGUUAGUAAGGGAGAUUAAACCAAUACAGCCAAAGCAAUAUAUGUUUGGCAGUAACAAAACUACCAUAGAAACUAUAAAGAAAAUAGGGGCACUAGCCUCAUAGGAGAGAGAGGCCAAUUAGAGGCUAAAGAACCUUAUUAUAAGAAAUGGGAAUGCAAUGGUGUCUUCUUUGCUCAGUCUACAGUCUAGACGCUGCUUAAUGGGGGCAUUAAAACAACAGUAAUGUAUAUUUUAAUUGUCACAUCUGGAGCACACUGCAAAACAAUAUGUAAAACAGAUAAAGGUAGGAUGUAUUUUCUUGUAGCAUUAUUAAAAAUAUCAUUAUACAGAGAUGUGCUCCUUUUGGAGAUCCGUGGAUGGGUGCAAGAUGCUCUAGACGGCUCUAAACUUCUAUGAUUGUUAAGACUUGGGAUUUCUCAAAAUGCCAUAAGAACUGGUUUUCACAGCAAUCAUCAGUAUAUAUUAUGCACAGGAGAGAAAGGACCAUAACAAAAUUCUCCUACAGAGUUCGUAAAAUUACACCCGGCAGGAGAAUCCAGCUUUUUUGUUCCCAAAGGCAUCCCACAGAGACGCCUACUGCUGCAAGCAGCUGCACAGCUGUCUGCUUUCCCUUAGAAACAGACCUAGUGCAGGAAAUAGCCUCUUAGAGCGUCAGAACAGAGACGUGACACAUGGGGAUUUAAAGGUCACCAAGAAAUAAUGGCUCUCCCCUGCUCCAGAAUAGCCAUGCUUUCAGGAAAGUCACAAAUAAAAAGCCAUACUUAACAAAAACUGUGUUGCAUGGACAUGAUUUGCCAUAGUCUGUGCAAUAUUUUCUUUAAAAAACCUUUGCAUAUUUUUUCUUGCUAGGUUUCAGGCAUUUUUUAACUCAAUAAAUUUAAACAUUAACUCUUUAGAAACACAUCUACGAGACAGUGAAGGAUAUCUGUAAUAUACGUGCAAUGUGGGAUUACAUACACAUAAUGGGAGAUAAAGGUAGAGUGGGAGUUAGGGAAGACUUCAGAACCUGCCCUAAGGAGGAGUGUAAACACAUGAGAUCAUCGUGUUAGGUCCACUAAGCUCUUACCUGAGGGAUAUUAUGGGAGACCGUGCAGACAAGAAGAACAGUUACAAGCCUGAGGGUGCAGCUUGAGGAGCUAAGGGCGUCAUUUUGGGUCUGAUAUAAGGUGCUGAAUGAAAAUGGGGAGCAGGUGAAGGAAGAGGCAAGCAGAGUAUGGGUGGCUCAAGGUUAGAUCAAGGGCCACAGGCAGGAGAACAGGAGAAGAGGCUUUCUGCCUAAUAGGAAAGGAACACUUGCUCUAUAAAAGCAAACCCCAGAAGAAGUCUCAAGAAAAUUCCCAAAGCAAUAUAACAGACUUUUCUAAAAGCAAAAAGAGCUUGUCCUGUCUACAAACAUAUAUUUGCAAUGAAUUAUUGUAUUAGAAAAAUAGCUUGCCUUUAUGCAUAGGGGGCCUCUGGGGAAGCAUUCUAUCCAACUUUGUUCAUGUGAGUAGGGAAUAUAUGAAGACAGAAGGAAACUGAGCCGCAAACACAGCUAUGUGUAAGCCCAAAUUCUCCAUUAUCUUUGACAUUGGAUUUCUCUUGGAGAGCUGAGUGUGGCUAGAAAUCACUAGAUGUAGAUAUGGUUUAAGGAGAUAAAUUUCCUAUUAGGUUGGAAGAUUAAAGUUUAUGUCUCCUCUAUUUUAGUUGCUAGAUCUCGCUCUAGGAUUGUUUGAUGGCUUCAGAAUAACAGAAAGCUCUGGAAACUGCCACUGAUAUUCCAUUAAAGCCCCUCUGGGCUAAGGACAGCAAGGCUCCUCUGGGCAGAUUCAACCCUGCUGGCCAGGCUAUUGGGCCAGGGGGCAGGGAGUUGGGAUCCCGGCUGGUGUUCAGCCCUCUCUCACUUCCUCAGUCCUUAAUUCUUGGACAGGGCAAAAUCUGUAUAACCACCCAUGUCCUCUGGAUUUGGGCACAAGCUACAUCAAACAUGGCAACUUGAUUAAUCCACUCCCUUCUCAUGACCUUUUACUUAUUUAGGGCAAUAUCUUUUUAAAAGGGGAUCCUAGGAAUCUGAAUCAACUGACGAGCUUGUUAACACAUGGAUUUUUUCUCAGCUCCAUCCUUGACAAACUGAUUCUGAAUUUUAGGACCUGAGGCUAACGUUAACAAACGUUCUAGGUGAUUCUGAUGUAUAGUCUUAUAUGGACUAAACCAUGAAGUUUGAGUGGCUUUUGAUUUUAUACCCAGCCUUGUCAAAAUUAAUUGUAUAGAGACCUCUACUUCUUAACAAGAUGGAAUACCAAAGAUUGAUUUUUACCCCCAUUCUGGAAACAGCCAAAGAAUGCACAAAAUAUACAAAGCACUUACAUAAAUAUAUAUAAAUAUAAAAGCAUUUCAAGACAGUGGAUGUUAGGCAAUGAUCCUUGAGAGGUGGGAAACAAAUGAGGUGAACGUUAUGAUGGCCUCAGCUUACUACACUGAAAGAGUUACCAGGGUGCAGAGAGGGACAACCCAGACAGCGCCCAGUGAGCAUGUAUGUGAGCAAACUACCUGAGGAAAGAACCACUUGAAAGGACUAGAGGUAACAGUCUCAGGAGCUCACACAGAGUCGGGAAUGGUGCCAAUUCCCACCAGCCAGGUAUGAGGAAAUCCUCAGUAUUUGCAGUGCAUUGGGAAGAGUACACAGAACGAUCUUGCAAAAUAAUUGUGGGGAGAAAGAUAGUGCUAGGUAGAGCACUGCUGUGAGCCCAUCUCAUAAAUCCUAAAAGCAAGACCCAAAAGGAUCCAAUUAUUUUCAAGUAACUAAAUUCCAAUGAGAUAUCUCUACACAUCUAUUAAAACAGUUAGAAUUAAAAAGACCAAUCGUUUUAGGAUUAGUGGACAUAUGGAAAACUGGAACUCUCAUACACUGCCUGUGGGAAUGUAAAAUGGUAUUAAUGCUUGGGAAAAUAGGUUGGCAGUUUCUUAGAAGGUUAAACGUCCACCUAUCAUAUAAUCCAGACAUUUUACUCCUAGGUAUUUACCCAAGAGAAAUAACAGUAUUCAUCUAUAUGAAGAUUUGUAGAUGAGUGUUCAUAGCAGCUUUAUUUAAAAUGGCAACAACUUGAAACAACUCAAAAGUUCACAAAUAGAUGAAUGGAUAAACAAACUCUGGUCUACCCAUAUAAUGCAACAGUACUCAGAAAUAAAGAGGAGUGAUCUAACGAUAAAUGUGACAACAUGGAUGAAUCUCAAAAUAAUUAUACUGUGUGAAGGAAGCCAGAAAAAAUCACACACUGUAUGAUUUCAUUUACAUAAGGGUCUAGAAAAUACAAACUUGUCUAUAAUGACAGAAAGCAGGUGGUUGCCUGAGUGCAGCCGUGGGGUUGGGGAGGGGUGGGAGGCAGGGAUUACAAGAGGACUUCAGGAAACUCUGGAAGUGAUGGCUUUGUUCAUUAUCUUGAUUGUGGUGAUGGUUUCACAUAUAUAAUUAAAAUGUAUCAAUUUAUAGACUUCAAAUAUGUACAUUUUAUUAUAUGUUAAUUAUACUUUGAUAAACUCUUUUACAAAUAAACAGUAAUAAUUGUAAAAUUCAGUUUCUCAAACUUGUAUGUACAUUGGAAUCACCUGGGAAGCUUUAAAAUAUGCUUCUGCCUCGGUUCCAAACCCAAAGACUCUCAUUUAAGUGCUCUCGAGAGUGGCUUGGGCUUCAGGAGUUUAAGAAACCCUUCAGGUGAUUCUAAUAGGCAGCAAUUUGAGAACUUUUGGUAUGCUAUUUCACUUUCUUUGUAAAAUUAGAAGUAGUUUAAUUUCAUGAGCCUGCAUGCAAGAUACAAAUUUAAUCAUUAGCAAUAGAAAUAAUCUUCUCUUAAAAAAAAGAAAAUCUAAAUAUCAUUUCACAUGGAAUUUUAUGUCUCUGAUGGCAACAAUCAGUUAUAAAAACAAAGGAAGACAAAGAUAUUCAAAUAAAAAUGUAUUCGUUUUGUAA